AAAGCGCGUGACAGAAUUUGGGCAGAGGGGGUUUGUCUCACCUGCUUGAAAUCACUUCAAGAGGCGCAUGAGCAGGACAUUUUCAGCUUGCGACAAUUAAUAUGCACGUAUCGAACAGUUAACACUUCACUUUAGAUAACAGUGAUGCUCUCGAGUCUGGGCCGUGCGCCUUUUUGAGAAAUAGCAGCACGCCAGAAAAGCGUCAGUUUUCUUCACCACAACUUGGCAGCUGAUCACUCCAAGAAGGAUUUAACAGUGAGCGCGCGCGAAGCGCAUUCUUUUUUUUUUUUUUUUUUUUUUUUUACAGCCGACUUGAUUUUUUUAGGAAUCAUCAUGAAACUGAAAAAGAGCCAGACGCAAUGCGAGUAAGUGUGGGAUAAUGUUGAUUGAAUCGCCUUCUGCAGUCCUGAUGGAAUCACUGUGAUUUCUGAUAUCGCUAUUAACUGCAUGGGUUCUGAAAGCUUGGAGGAAGAAUACUUGUUUAAAAAUACGAUUUUAUUCGUUGGGGGAUACGCAAUCUUGCGUUGAAGUUUUAGGAAUAAAACACUGCAACCUCCGAGGCUGUGCGUAACACACAGAACGGCGACAAUGGAACACACUGGAAUCGAAGAGGUGAACCAGACCCACCAGCAGCACGAACCCAUCAGUUUUGGAAUAGAUCAGAUUCUGAAUGGCUCGGACCAGCCGAGCAGCUGCAUGUUACCGUGCCGAACCGGUGACUCGGACUACUCGCUCGCACCUAACGUCUACAACGGCUACAACAGCGUGUACAAUCCGGCCUGCUCGAUGGCGGCGGGUCUGGCGGGUUCCUACAACGUCAACAUGAACAUGAAUGUGAGCAUGAACAUGAACGUUAACGUGAACUCAGGGAAUGCGGGCGGUGUCAUCCGAGUCCCGGCACACAGACCCAUGCCACCCGCUCCUCACCCGUCUAACCCUGCCCAUCCACCGGGCAUCGCGGCGGGGAUACCCACCGUGCCCACAGUGCACAGCAUGGGCAGUCCCGCCAGCUUCACGUUCCCCUGGAUGGAGAGCAGCAGAAGAUUUGCGAAGGAUCGGUUGACCGCUGCCCUUUCACCGUUCUCUGUGACACGACGAAUCGGCCAUCCGUACCAGAACCGAACACCGCCGAAACGGAAAAAGCCCCGCACGUCGUUCAGCCGCGUGCAAAUCUGUGAGCUGGAGAAACGGUUCCACCGGCAGAAAUAUCUGGCGUCAGCAGAGCGCGCAACGCUCGCCAAAGCCCUGAAAAUGACAGAUGCUCAGGUCAAAACCUGGUUUCAGAACAGAAGAACAAAAUGGAGGAGGCAGACCGCUGAGGAGAGGGAGGCUGAGCGACAGCAAGCCAACCGUCUGAUGUUGCAGCUACAACAGGAGGCUUUUCAGAAGACUCUGAGUCAACCGCUUCAACAAGACCCUCUCUGCCUACACAACUCCUCGCUUUAUGCCCUGCAGAACUUACAACCCUGGGCAGAGGACAACAAGGUGACCUCUGUCACCUCAGUUGCAUCUGUGGUCUGACCCACACCUCUCAUGUAUACAAGUUAAUUGAGGAAGGAUUUUAUAGUCCGGGUUUAAAAGCAUUACAGGACACUAAUUUCACACAAAAUUUGGGUGAAUCUCUGACAUUCACACUUGGACUUAUUUCACGAGCAUCUGUACGAAGCCAUAAGCUAAACAGGUUUUUUGUGAGACCAUAGAAGAAAUCUUAAAAAAAAAAAAAAAAAAACUCAAUUGAAUGCGGAAAAAAUGAAUUCCAUUUCAAUGAUUUCGAUUGGAUGAGUUUUGGCUCGGAAAUACAAUGGCUAGAGCCUAGUAACAGAUUAAACUGAACUGUAUAUUUGUGUUUUUGUUUAUUGCUCAAACAUUUUUCAGGAAUAUGUGUUUUUUAUGUCUUGGCAUGGAACAAUAUAUUCCAAUUAAAAUGGAAUAAUAUUCCAAUUCACAUUUUCAUUCCCAGCUGAAUCUGAUUGGUAAUUUUUCUCGUCCCUUACGCUACAUUCUCGUUCCUCUUUUCUUCAGCUACCCAUCUAAGAGAGGGAGGGGCUAUGUCCUUUCCAACCCAAAACCGCAAAGCUGUCUGAUGAAUUUCACCCAUCAAGACGGCUGUUUGUCUACGUGCCAUUUGGCAUCAUGGAGACUGACUCAACCCCAGACUCGUUCAAUCUUGUUCCUUUAAUUGGUGUUUUUUUUUGUUUGUUGUUUUUUGGAUUUUAUAAGAUGUGUUUGUGAUGCAUGUUCUCUACAUUUCCUGUACAAAGAGACAAACUAAAAAUUGUUUGUUCCAUCACACUGGAGUCCCUCCUAAAAUGAACUUUGGAAGCAAUUAUGGAGGCAUUCUUUCUGGAUUCUUCAUAUCGUGACGUUUAAAGGCAUUUUAUAAUAAA